ACAACAACAACAACAACAGCAUGGUCAACAACAACGAGAAUCAUACCAUGGUCUACAACCCCAUCAGAUGGUGUUUUCCAUUCUGUACGUCAUGACCCCUUUGGUCGCUGUCAUCUAUGCUCUCUUGGGCGAUCCACCCCGAUCGUACUUUAGCAGCAAACACAACAUCUUUAAUCAAUAUUUUGUGAAAAUCGGUUGGUUUUGGGUGACACUCGCUUACUUUGCCUACUUGUGGAUCGUUCCCUUCCAACGCAGCCCACCCGCCCGCAAAAGACAAGUCCUCACGAGCGGUCUCUUACGUUAUGUCUUUGUCACCGCUUACUGGUACGCGAUGACCCAGUGGCUGUUGGGCCCUAGUCUCAUCGAUCGUGUCUUUGUGUGGACAGGCGGUCGUUGCAUGUCUCUUUUACAGGAUGUGGAACACGCCGCCAAGUUGAAUGCCGUCUCCCAUCCCCAUGUCUGCCGGAACUUGGGAGGCCGAUGGACGGGCGGUCAUGAUGUGUCAGGCCACUGUGUCCUCUUGAUCCAUGCGAGCCUAUUUUUAUGGGAAGAGUUGAGCUGGCUGUUUUAUGAUGCCAGACCUUUCUUGCAAUGGAAAAGACAGACAGAAAAUAGAGCCUCUUAUUUUGUUGUGCUUGGUAACUUGGCUCUCCUCGCCUUAUGGUGGUGGAUGCUGUUGAUGACAGGUGUGUAUUUCCACGGAAGAAUGGAAAUUGUAUCUGGCAUUCUCUUUGGCAUCUUGGGUUGGGUUAUUUUGUAUCUUGGUUUAUUCCCUAGAGUGUCCUUCUUUGGACUCCUACGUCCUGCUACCAGGACGACCAUGGUGGCGUAAACGCGGAGAGGGUCUUGCGACAUUCACCCUCCAAAGACGAGGUAGACUAGAACCUUUGUGUAUGAAACGAAGUCACAUGUGUACACUAUUUUGUAUAUUCCCCAAACGUGUGUGUAAUAAAACAAUACUUUUUACAGAAAGAAUAAAAACA